GAGUGACAUCACCAUCUUUCCUUUGCCUUACCUCAAACCGUCACGAUUAUCAGCUGAGAAACUUUGAUUUUACUCCCGAUUCAGAGUUUGUCUGAGCAGUGUCUUAACAUCACCCUAAAACCUACUCUGAGCUGGGAGUUGUUGUCUGAAAACAGGUUAACAGGACCUUUUAUCUAGCCUAGUUCACCCAUAUUUUAUUUUUGCAACAAAAAAAAGUAGUGUGUAUUUACAUUUGUACAUAGCAACAAAAAUAGGAACUACUGCAACUACCACUAUGCCACUAGUUAAAUUACUAGCUAGUUGCACUACGUGUGUAGUUCCUCGCCAACAUUUCUGACAGAUUUUGGUGCGGAAGCUGUAGAAAAUGUAAUUUAAAACCUUUCGCCGACACACGUCGGAUUUGGGCACGGAAAGAGCCUCAUCUGCUGCAUUUUAAGGGGAGGGUUAAACAUUUAGGAGAAAGACAUUUUUUAAAACUUAGUGCUGACGCGGACUGGGAGCUGGAGCAGCCGACUGGGCUGUGAACUCCACCAUGUUUCUUUGUGUUUUAGUUUUAGUGGCCUUCGUUUCUAGAACAGAAUGUUAUUUUUCGGAGGAAAAAUAUCAAGAAGAAUCGAAAAUUCAGCCGCCAACGAUUAUUAUUGCGAUCAUUGCUCGGAACGCGGCGCACUCUUUGCCAUACUACCUCGGGGCGUUGGAGAGGCAGAACUAUCCCAAAAACCGCAUCUCUGUAUGGGCAGCAACAGAUCACAACGCUGACAACACUACAGCUGUUCUGAAAGAAUGGCUGACCGUCAUGCAGAAGUUCUAUCACUAUGUGGAGUGGAGGCCCAUGGAGCAUCCUACGUCCUACCCAGGAGAGAUGGGGCCUAAAUACUGGAGCAACGGCAGAUAUGAAUACCUGAUGAAACUCAAACAGGCUGCUCUCAACUUCGCCAAGCAACGCUGGGCUGACUACAUUCUGUAUGCAGACACAGACAACAUCUUGACCAACCCAGAGACCCUCAACCUCCUGAUAGCAGAGAACAAGUCUGUGGUCGCCCCCAUGUUGGACUCCCAGGGAGCUUACUCUAACUACUGGUGCGGCAUCACUCCACAGGGUUACUACCGGCGUACAGCUGAGUAUUUCCCCACCAGACACCGCCAUCGGCUGGGCUGCUACCCGGUGCCCAUGGUCCACUCUACCUUCCUGCUGGACAUGAGGAAGACGGGCAUGAAGAAGCUGGCCUUCCACCCUCCUCACCAGGACUACUCCUGGCCCUUCGAUGACAUCAUUGUCUUCGCCUUCUCCUGUCGCGUCUCAGAGGUGCAGAUGUACCUGUGCAACAAGGUGAGGUAUGGAUACCUGAACGUCCCAGCCAAGCCUCACCACACCAUAGAGGACGACAGCAUCAACUUCAGCCACCUCAUCCUGGACGCCAUGAUUGACGGACCCUCCAUGGCCCCCUCCAAAUAUGUCAGCCUCUUCCCCAAACGGAGAGACCUCAUGGGCUUUGAUGAGGUGUACCUGAUCAACCUGCGUCGGCGUCAGGACCGUAGGGACAGGAUGCUGUACUCUCUCAACGAGCUGGAGAUCGACGUCAAAGUGGUGGACGCCAUAGACGGAGGAGCGCUGAACAGCAGUGAUAUAAAGAUCCUUGGAGUGGACAUACUACCUGGUUACUAUGACCCGUUCUCUCGUCGUACCCUGACCAAAGGAGAGGUGGGAUGCUUCCUCAGCCACUAUUACAUCUGGAAGGAGAUGGUAGACCAGCAGAUGGAUAAGGCUCUGAUCUUCGAGGACGACGUGCGUUUCCAGGCCAACUUCAAGCGGCGCGUGCUCCGUCUGAUGGAGGAGGUGGAGAUGGUGGAACUGGACUGGGACAUCAUUUACCUGGGCCGUAAGCAGGUGACGCCGGGUGACGAGGAGGAGGUGGUGGUGAACGUGAGGAACCUGGUGGUAGCAGACUAUUCCUACUGGACCCUGUCCUACGCCAUCUCUCUCCAGGGGGCCCAGAAGCUGCUCAACGCCGAACCCCUCUCCAAGAUGCUGCCCGUCGACGAGUUCCUGCCCAUCAUGUACGACAAACACAUCAAUGAGGACUACAAGUCUCACUUCGCGAACCGUAACCUGCAGGCGUUCUCUACGCGCCCCCUUCUGGUGCAACCAGCCCACUACGCUGGGGACCCCGAGUGGGUGAGCGACACGGAGACCUCCACGCUGUGGGACGACGACAACGUGCGAACAGACUGGAGGGGUUCCCACAAAACCCUGAAGGGGGCACCUCAAUCCGACAUGCUGCAGGCAACCACGGUUCCAGAAACUUAAGCAGCACAGAUUGGAUCGGUUUGGCUCCGUAGUGUGAAAAGUGUAAUGGGUUCCUGGUUAUAAGUGCCACUGCUGACAGAGAGGAAGAUCUCUGCUAUUCACAAGUGCCUUAAUUUCUGACUGUAUAUUUCUAUUUCACCAUUUUGUACUGGGUAUGUCUGUCCGUAGUCACUGGGAAUGACUGGAUAUACAUACAGUAGUGACGCCGGCUGAGGCUCCAGAGACUUGGUCUGCUCACAUCAAGUGACCCCAGAUCUGUUUUCAAAGUGUUUGUGUGUGGCUUUGUCUGUGUACGGAUGCUGACGUUUAAAAAAAUCAUUUGACUCAUGAACAUUGUCCUUGGCUGUCCAUAUGCUCACCCACUGAACAUUACAGGGUCUGGACUCACCUCACUGUACACUUAGUCCCCGGGGGUCGGCCGACAGAAAUGACCGGAGGGGGAACCCAUUCUCUUUUAUAUCACAUUCCACUCUUAUUCAGUGUAUUGUGAGAACAGUCUUAAAAGGUUUUCUUUACUUUAGCAAAGUAACUACAUACAAGUUGAACUGCGAGCCCUCACACAAGGUAAGGAUCCUGUAGCUAGCAGUGUGACUGAUCUACGACAGGAGCAGUGUCUCUCUCUCUCUCUCUCUCUCUCUCUCUCUCUCUCUCUCUCUCUCUCUCUCUCUCUCAUUCAUUCAUUCAUUCAUUCAUUCAUUCAUUCAUUCAUUCAUUUUUAUAUAUAUAUAUAUAUGCCUGAUCUCUCUCAUUCAUAUAUAUAUAUAUGCCUGACCUCGUGGUAGAGUCUCUCACUAGAGCAGACAGGAGUCAACAGACCAGAGAGAAGCCGGCCAACUUAGGUGUUGUUAAUGGUGCCAAUUGCUACAGCGAUCGUGUUAGUCUGACUGAGCUCAUUGGUGUCGGUUUGUGUUGGUGUUUUAUAAAUGACUCCACAAGAUGCCGAAAGCGUUCCACAGGGAUUCUGGCCCAUGUUGACUCCAAUACUUCCCACAGUUGUGUCUGAAUGGGUGGACCAUUCUUGAUACACACCGGCAACUGUUGGGUGUAAAAAAAAAAAAAACCCAGCAGGGUUGCAGUUCUUGACAGAUUCAAACCGGUGUGCCUGGCACCUACUACCAUACCCCGUUCAAAGGCACUUAAAUCUUUUGCCUUGCCCAAUUGUCUCAAAACUUAAAAAAUGUGUCUUUAACCUGUCUCUCCUCCCCUUCAUCUACAAUGAUUGAAGUGGACUUAACAAGUGACAUCAAUAAGGGAUCAUAGCUUUUACCUGGUCAGUCUGUCAUAGAAAAUGUUUUGUUCACUCAGUGUUUAUGUCAAGCAAAAGUAGCACAUUUGUCAGGAGCCUUGCUUGUGCCAAAAGUGUUAAAAAUGGAUGUGACAAUUAUGUAACUUAAUUGUUUAUACAUGAAUAAAAAUCGACAUAAUUUUGUUUAUUA